AUGGCAGACCACUUCGGCGCUCCGCCCUCAGCCCUGGACCUGUCCGAAAGCCACAUCCCCAGGAACAACGCCGUCGCUGUUUCGUUGACACUUGUAGCAUCCCUUGCCGUUGCGCUGCGCCUGUUUACACGCGCCAGAGUCCAGCGGGUCCCGUGGAUGGCAGACGACUGGUUUAUUCUUGCGUCGUUGGUGCCGACGUAUGCGAGUCUUGCGUGUAUCAUAGCCGGACGAAGUGGACUGGGAAGGCAUGUCUGGGCGGCCUCGAUCGAGGACUACAUCCACAUCAACCAGAUCGGCUUCAUCUAUAUCCUGGUCUACUUCCUCACCCUCCCGCUCAUCAAACUAUCAAUCCUCCUCUUCUACCGCCGCCUCUUUGCCUUCUGGAUCCCCCGCGCCCUCUACCUGUGCAUCUUCCUCACAAUCGGCCAAUCCGUCGCCUGCAUCAUUACUUCCCUCUGCGCCUGCCGCCCGCCUUCACACGUCUGGCGGCAAUGGGUCGAGCCCCAGGGCGGCUCCUGCGUCAUCGACAUGAAUCUAUUCCAGCUCGUCACCGCGUGCAUUAACAUCGGGACGGACCUGUUGAUCCUCGCCUUGCCUGUCCCGCUGGUCUGGCGGCUGCAGAUGAGACCGCUGCAGAAGGGCCUUGUGGUGGGCGUGUUCUUGCUGGGGUCUUUCGUCUGCGUCGCCUCCGCAAUCCGCAUGUGGUACAUGGUGCGCCUGGGCCACAACCGCGACUGGACGUGGCUCCUCGGCGAUGCGUACGUCUGGACGGCCGUGGAGCCCUGCAUCGGGAUCGUAUGCGCCUGCCUCCCGGCACUGAACCCGCUGGUCCGUCGGGGGUUGCAGCGCAUCGGGCUCAUGAGUGCAGGGGCCGGGGGCUCGGGUUCUUCGCCGAUUCCGACUCCGACUCCGACUCGCGGUGAGACUGGGGAUAGGACCCGGCUGUAUGGAAGGAGGACUCAGAAGGGGAGAACGGGCGAUGGCAGGCGGUAUCGGGGGGAUGAGACGCUGUUAAGGACGGCGGCGACGGUUGAGAUGGAUGGCUUGCGGCGAGCCGGCGAGGGAGAGCUUGAGCACAUGCAGGGGCAUCAGAGGGGACAUGCCGGUCCUGGUUCCUGCGGUACUGCUGGAAGCGCCAGUGCCACCAAGGAGGGGGAGCUGGAGAUCCAAGUGCAGACGGACUUCCAGUGGAGGGAGGAGCAUAGAUAG